GUUUAAUCCGGCUUUGUUGCGCGCGGCUGGGGGCAUUCGUCGUUUUAGACCUUGGGCGCUCUCUGGAUACAUUCUGUCCAGUCCUGCCGCGGUAGCGCUUUCGUUGGCGCACCAGCGUAGGCUCAGCAGCAGCACCCAGGCAGCACUCCUGACCCGGGCGCGCGGAUUUGCGCUAGCGGUACGCAGAUCUGAGUAGUAGUUCCAGUUAUGACCAGCCGGGUGCCCAACGAGCUUCAGUUAUGACCAGCCGGGUGCCGAACGAGAUAGUCCUUGCUACGGCCCGCGGCGACGUCGCGAUGGUCCGGAGCUGGCUCGAGAGCGGCGGAGACGCGAACCAGGAUUUACCCGAUGGAUACCGCCAGCUUAUAAACGUGUUCGAGGAGAUAGACUCGGAUGACGAGGAUAAUAAUGUCCGCGGACAACGACUUCUCGCGGUCGCUACGGAGCAUGAACACUGCGACUUGAUCCGCGUCCUCAUAGCCCACGGCGCGGACCUUGACCACGAAUUUUACUAUGGGGGACCCAGAGCUACAGCGUUAUACUUGGCGAUGGACCAGCAGUUUGCCGAUGCUGCAAAAUUACUCAUUGAGAGCGGCGCGGAUAUCAAAUUUAAACAGGACCCUGAUCGUAUCAUGAGAAUUGUUAUACAAUAUCCUCGUCUCUUGCGGAUGAUGCUUAUUGUCGGAAUAGAUACGGACGCGAAAAGUUGUCACGGCUUGACGCCUGAAAAUUACGUUCGGUCACGGCUCGCCUAUUUUCGUACUUCAUGCAAUUACGAAGUGGCCUUCUAUGCGGAGUCCGUGUCGAUCCUCGAGGGGACGCGCCUGGCGGGAUCUUACAAGGGCUAUGUCUUGGCGCCAUACAAGGAGUUGCUGCGGCUCCGCUCCCUCCUCGCGCGCGGCCGCGCGAGCUUCGGGCCGGCGACGCCCGAAGUCGUCGCGCGCCUCUUCGGCGGGCGGGCUGGUUUCUUAACGCGCGCCAUUACGACGCGCCGUAUUCGUGCCCCGCCGCGGCGCACGGCAGGCGUCCCCGACCCGGUCUUCUGGAAGGUGAUGGAGUACUGGCGCCUUGGCGGCGGCGGCGGACUGGCGGAUUGGCGGCGGCGGACUGGCGACUGGCGGCGGCCGUAAGUGCGUCCCAGCGCCAGCUUCCUCAGGAACGGGAUGCCCGCCCCGUACGCCGUCGACGCGCCACCCCAUGUGUCUAAGAAAGUAUGUACUAU